GAAGUGAAGCCGAGGAUGUGACGUUUACGUGUAUUUAGCCUGCGAGCGAGUAGGGAUAAAAGCAGUGGGUAAAACCUGAACGUGAACAGAUGUAGGCUACUUCUCUUUAAGCAGCACUGCUGACCUAAAUACUACAUCGGAGAUCCCCGCAUAAACGCAGCCUACAGCAUGGCACUGCUGUCCUCCCUGCAUGGUUCCCAGGUAACUCUGCUGUCAGUGUUGCUGCUAUGCUGGGCAGGUGUGUGUGGCGGGAUCCCAGACCCUCGCCAGAGAGAAUUACUGAUACAGCAGGAGGCCUCCCGACAAACAGGGGGCACUGUUGUGCUGACAGAGGCUGAGCGGAGGCUGAGUGCUCAGCUACACAAGUUGAAACAGCAGGAAGUGGAGGGGCCACAAUUCCCUCCAGCAUUGCACUUCUUCAAAGCCCUACCCCUCAUCCAGCGGAGCCCAGUCUUUAGGCUGCUACAGAAGAUGCCCAAAGGGGCUGCUCUGCACAUCCACGAUUUUGCUGUGGUGGGGGUGGAAUGGCUGGUGAAGAACGUGACCUACAGGCCGCACUGUUAUAUCUGCUUCACCGCAAGCCAAUCGGUGCGCUUCCGCUUCUCUGCCAAGCAGCCCCGCCCCCUUCCGCAGUGUUCUGCUUGGGUGCUGCUGGAGACACUGAGGGGAAAGGUGGACAACACCACCGACCUGGACAACAGCCUGAUGCAGAACCUCACGCUGUUCACAGAUGACCCUGUGAAUGCCUACCCGAGCCAAGACAUUGUGUGGAGGAGGUUUGAGGAGACGUUUAUGGCAGCCUUAGGGCUGGUCACCCAUGCACCCGUGUUCAAGGACUAUUUCUACGAGGGUCUGCAGCAGUUCUACAUGGAUAAUGUCAUGUAUUUGGAGCUGAGGGCUUUGCUGCCAAUGACGUACGAGCUCGAUGGAAAUUGGCAUGACAGGGCCUGGAGCCUGAAGGCCUAUCAGGAUGUAGCCAGGCAGUUUGUGACUGAACAUCCUGACUUCCUGGGAGCUCGAGUCAUAUUCACUGCUCACAGGGGUUUGAACUUGACUGAGGCAAAAGCUAUAGUGGAAGAGGCCAUGCAACUACAGAAAAAGUUUCCGGAGGUCAUGGCAGGAUUUGAUCUGGUGGGGCAUAAGGAUGGAGGGAGACCCCUCUGGUACUUCAGGGAGGCCUUGUCCCUGCCAGCAGAGCUUGGAGUCACCCUGCCCUACUUCUUCCACGCAGGAGAGACAGCGAAGCAUGGCACAGACGUGGUGGAAAACAUCGGUAUCAUUUCAACCAAUCCGCUUCGCGAGAAAACCCUGACAGACAAAUGA